AGCAAGACUGAGUCUUCGAAUGGUCGCCCGACGAUUUUUAUACGUUCGACCGAUGGUACCUGAUUGAUUCUGUUCCUUCUUACGUACCCAGGGAUCAGGACUAAUAGGUGGGGUUCCAUUUGUAUUGCUUGUAAUAUCCCAGAAAUUUUACAAAUAUAUUGGUUCAAGAACAAAUUUAAAUUUAAAUAUAUAUUAAAUAAAAGAAAUAAUGAACCAACGGUAUCUGUUCAGUCGUCAUUAAUAAAUGGCAAAAAAGUUGACCUGAGUAACGGUGUCUCUAUUAUCCAUAUUUGAAUAUGGCCUGCGUAUUCACAUGGCCUUUAAGUUAAGUAAGUACCUCUAUCCGUCAUUAGACAUUAUAAAUCAAACAUUGCUAUUGAUAUUUAGGAAGCUGCAAAUUUUCUUCGUUUUCACAAAACUUUACUCAUUUACCGAUGGGUUUUAUAGUUUUAUAACUCGAAUAUCACUUUAGGGAAUAAUAGUAAAUAUUGUAAGCAUUGUGAGUGCAAACUAAGAAAGUUUGAAAUUUCCGAAACGUUUAAGCUAAGUAACAAUGAAAUUUUAAGAUGUAUUAGAAUUCCGUACUAAAAAAGAUUAGCUUUUCUUGGAACUGGAUUUAUUACUGGAACAGUCAAAUUGGUUCUUGCAGCGAUGUGACAGCGUAAGGACACGCUUGAGAUCAAGUAAAUUGAGAACUUUAUAUGUGAAACGUUAGUUCAAUUUCAAUUACAAUAAUGUCCGAUAUAAAGAGUGUUUUAUGUCUAUUAUGUCAGCAUUUAAAUUUAUCGAUCAACGUUAUGAUGAAACCUGAGUAUUUUAGGCUAGCAAAAUUCAAUAGCAUGGCCGAAAAUGUCGCUGACGCGUUUUGGAAAGCAUUGAAUAUCUUGGGACAUCAUGCUGUUAAAGAGAAGCAAAUUGAAACUGACUUUAAACAAUAUGCAAUAGAGUUUUAUGCUUUAAGCGAGAAGAGUAAAAAUAACAGGCCAUUGUUAUUAGCAUUUGCAUGGCUUCUUGGAACACAAGAUAUUCUGAAUAUUAUCAUUCGAAUAAAUCUGUCUAAUAGUGUCCUAGGAAGAGAAUGUUCACAAUUGAACAGUGUAGAAAAGAAGGAAACACAGUAUAAUGUGCCAGAAACAUUCAGCGCACAAAUAAACAAUAUAUUGUACUUGAAUGGUAAAGUAAAUUAUAACAUAAAAGAGAUAUCUGAAUUGAUUUCUCAGAAGGCUAAAUUAGUAAGCAGAAUUCAUGCUGCAAGUGUGAAUGUUAGUGGUCUUCCACAUGUAAGUGUAUCAGAAGCGGCACUGAUAAAACGUGUCUCAACCACUAACAAAAAUGCACUUUCCAACGAGGACAAAAAAUAUAUAAAGGAAUUAUCCACCAUUGCUAGUUUAUUAGAUGUACAUAUGAAAUGGUCUAAAAAGAAACAUAUAUUUUUUGAAUGGAUGGUAACGGUAGUUCAAGAACACAAUAAAUCUGAGCGCCAAUUAGAAGAUAUAGAUUGGAAUGAAGUUUCAAAAAUUGUAUCUUUAUUACAUUGUAUGACUCGAGAAAAGUUUGAAAUUUUGUCAUCUCAGAAAGAAACCAUAAAUUGUCAAGACUACGAACCCAAAUGUAUUUCGCGUUUGUUAAGGGUCCAGGGUAAUAAUACAGAAAUAGAAAGCUGGCUCUCUGAAAUAUCUGCUGAAUUGGCCAAGAAAACAGAAAGUUUAGACAAUGAAAAGGAGAAGCUUUCUGAGAAACUAGAAGAAAUUUUGGAGUCAAUUCCUCACUGUGUUCAAGUUUCAUUUUCGUAGUAAAAUAAAAAUCAGUACUUUCUUACAAUUUAAAUAUAAAAUUUAUGAUACAAAACAA